UGUAGGGACGGGAAUCUAUCAUUUCUGAGAACUGCACUCACCUUUUAACCUGGCAAACGGAAUCCGCUCUUGACAGACGGAAAACAGGGCGUAGGCUAUAUGCUCACAUAUACUGAUAGGGAGAGAAUCCGAGCCAUCUGACGUGGAAGGAUUUAUAGGUUUAGACGAAAUUGCUUUCCGACAGUGAGAUCAAAUACAGUGGCAUGUUUCAGUGUGUAUAUGUGUCUGUAGUAUUUCACAUUGAUUUGGCGCGAACGGUAGCCUACCAAGGAUCAUGCCCGAGGCACGUAAAACGUUUUCACUGUAGCCUUUAUUUUCUGAAACUGGACUUUUGGACAACUGGGUCCAGAACGCUGUCAGUGUGGAAAUUAUGUCCACGGAUGUCCUACUUCUUCUGCUACUUGUCUGGAUGGUCGGUGCUUCUGGGAGGUCAAUUGGUCCGAGGGGACACGUGCGCCAGACCUACAGCCAAAUCAGAUUCAAACGAGAAGUACCAUCGACUGUACAAGGACGUCAAAAAGUUAGCAGCCCUAUACUGAGAAGAAGUCCAGAUAUGACCAAAACCACCAUGACAAAGUCAGAGCAGCUCUUAAGCAUAAAUGACCACGACUUCACAAUGAGGCCUGGCUUUGGAGGACACACUGUUCAAGUUGGAGUUGAUGUUCAGGUAGAAAGUCUGGACACAAUUUCAGAAGUUGACAUGGACUUCACCAUGACCCUGUAUAUUAGGCACUACUGGAAAGAUGAGCGCCUUUCUUUCCACAGCACCACCAAUAAGAGCAUGACCUUCGACGGGCGCCUGGUCAAGAAGAUCUGGGUGCCUGACCUGUUCUUUGUCCACUCCAAGAAGUCUUUCACACACGACACCACCACAGAUAAUGUCAUGCUGAGAGUCUACCCUGAUGGCAAGGUGCUCUACAGCUUAAGGGUGACGGUGACAUCCAUGUGCAGUAUGGACCUGAGUCGCUUCCCUCUGGACACACAGACCUGCUCCUUGGAGAUCGAGAGCUAUGCGUACACGGAUGACGACCUGAUGCUCUACUGGAAGAAAGGGAACAAUUCCCUGAGUACUGACGAAAGGAUCUCCCUCUCCCAGUUCCUCAUCCAGGAGUUCCAUACCACCAGCAAAAAAUCCUUCUACAGCAGCACAGGGUGGUACAACCGUCUGUACAUCAACUUCACCCUACGACGCCACAUCUUCUUCUUCCUGCUGCAGACCUACUUCCCUGCCACUCUGAUGGUCAUGUUGUCCUGGGUGUCUUUCUGGAUCGACCGCCGGGCCGUACCGGCCAGGGUUCCUCUGGGUAUCACCACGGUGCUCACCAUGUCCACCAUCAUCACUGGAGUCAACGCCUCCAUGCCCAGGGUUUCCUACAUCAAAGCUGUGGACAUUUACCUCUGGGUCAGUUUUGUGUUUGUGUUCUUAUCGGUGAUAGAGUAUGCUGCAGUGAACUACCUGUCUACGGUGCAAGAACGGAAGGAAAGAAAGCUACGAGAAAGGCUGCCCUGCACCUGUGGCAUGACCCACCCAGGCAUGAUGGGUAGCUACAGCGAGGAUGAUGUCAACAACACUGGGAACUAUGGCGGUGAGUCGAUGGAGAACGGCGCUGCAAUGCAGCAAAGGAUGAUGGUCCAUCUGGACUUUGAGGAGAACGACCAGAUCACAGGACACGUGGGCUCCAGCGCUUACAGCAGCAUGUGGAUCGACACCCACGCCAUAGACAAGUAUUCCCGGGUCAUCUUCCCUGGGUCCUAUAUUCUGUUCAACAUCAUCUACUGGUCCUGCUACCUCUAACACUGCACGGAAUGGGAUGGAGGUAGACAUACCCACAGAACUAGAAUGAAUUCUAUUCAUUCUAAUGAGUUAUAUUAAUUAUAUUAUUUUUCUAUGAAAAUACCCAGGGUGUAUGCACCUGGAAAGGAACCACAACUCUGACGAUGUGAUGAUGCAAAAUGCUAAACCAUGGUACCUGGAUUUCUGUACCUGAGAUAUAGAGGGCAUGCCAUGCACAGCACACAGACUCAAACACAGCAGUUAUUGUCAUUUUGAACACCUAUAUGUUGGUGUUUUAUAUGUCCGGGGAAGUAAUGAGUUCAUGUAAUGAUUAAUAAAUAAUGGGCUGGCUUGUAUCCGUAGCUUAAAACUUCAUUGAGUUUUUAUCCACAUUGAGAAUUGCAAAAACUGUAAUUUAGUUGAGUUGUCAUUGCCAAUAUAAACUCAGCAAAAAAAGAAACUUCCUCCCACUGUUAUUUACAGCAAACUAAACAUAUGUAGAUAUUUGUAUGAACAUAAGAUUCAACAACUGAGACAUAAACUGAACAAGUUCCACAGACAUGUGACUAACAGAAAUGAAAUAAUGUGUCCGUGAACAAUGGGGGUGUAACGGCCGUUGGUGAAAGGUGAGGACCAAAGCGCAGCGUGGUUCGUCAUUUAUUAAAUAGAACUGAACCCUAAAUACAAAGUAACAAAAAUAACAACCGA